AAGAAGAAGAAGAAUUAAACAGCAUUAAACGAUGGAAAAGCCGGACAUCGUCUUCAACCAGUGCCGCUUCUGUCUGAAGCUCAUCGAACCGCUGGGUUCUUUUUCGAUCUGCGGUGACUCCGAGGAUAUCCAGCUGAAUCCACUGCAUGAUUUCGUUCAGAAGAUGUUAUCGAUUGAGUUCACGGCGGAAAACUCCCACGUUUGCAGCGAUUGCUUCUCGAUGUGGCGCAUGAUUCAGGACUACUUGCAUGCCUGCGGUGAGGCGCACAAGAUUGUGAUGGCUAGCAAGGAGUUUGUCGUCCGGAAGCCGUGGCUGGAUAAUGAAGAGGAAAAGCGAAUGCUGAUUGGCGUUUGUAGGGUGGUGAAAAAGCUGUAUCACGAAAUGGAGAUUCUGCUCCGGACGGUGGAACCUUCGAAUGUAUAUUAUGCAUUGGACAAAGAAGUGACCAAACGCCGCAGGUCUAGGAAAAGAAAACGAUCUGUGGGGAAUAGGAAAGGGAAGGAAAAGCAAGUUUCGAGUGAACCUGUUGAUGCGAUCAAGGAGGAAGAUCCGGUGGAGAUCGAUGAUUCCGCUGCGUUCCAGUCGGAAAAGCCGAUAGAAGCAACGAAGAGUGUAGUAGUGGAAAAUGAAGGGAAUGACGAGUCAAAUGAAGUAGAGGAUGAUACGAUACUGGAUGAUUCGGUUACGAUUGUUGAACCGCAAGUGGACCAUAUAGACCUGGUGGAUAGCAGUAACGAGGAAGCGGAGGGAACGGAUGAUGAAGAUGAAUAUGUCGAAGAUUAUUCUUCCUCGUGCUAUAGAAUUCACAGGAUACAUGACGAAGAGAUGUUUAAAACAGUUUGUCAACUUUGUGGAAUCACCACCAGCGAUAUGGCGAACCAUCUGGAAGGUCACAUUAAGGAGUCGAAAACGGUUAGAAAGGAAAAGCAGCAAACGGAAUCGGAUAGUAAUAGCAGUAGUUCCAGCAGCAGUAGCAGUGCAAGACCCAUAAGACAGACCAAGCCUAAGCCGAAGAAGAAAGCGAAUUUAGAUCCAAGGCCAAAGGAAGUUCAAGUGAACUCGUUGAAGUGCAACGUGUGUGGAGUAGAGUUUACCAGCAUGCUAACGGCAAGGCUCCAUGCUCGGUUGCAUCCCUUCAAUCGAACGUACAAUUCAGGUAAAUCGAAUAGGGAUGCAAGAAAGAUGUGCUGA